AUGGCUACUUUGGCGCAGUUCGAUGGUAUCGUACUUGUAGAAUAUAUCACACCAGCUUUCAAUACGAUUCAGCCACCGACAGAUAACUGGCGGUCAGAGUAUCAACGCGCCAGAUAUAAAGAUCUCGCAGAAACCUAUUUGAGCCAUCACCGCCUCCAUCCCUCGCUCAAAAUCUCCCGACAUCACUCAACUUCUCAACCCACCAUUCGACCACCAACGAUGUCUUCCUCGUCCUCUACACCUAGCAGUACCUCUACUGCGGGAUCUUCGUCUGGCUCCACUGGCUCCCACCUUCCCUAUGCGCCGUUCCCCUACCCCUUGCCCUCCGGCGGCCGCGGCUCGGGUCAGCAGGGCAAAUAG